CCACGGCCUCCGCAUUCGCCCUCCCCCGCCCCCAAUGCCCCGCCGCCCCGAUCGCCGCUGAAAGGAGAUCGUCGCCGGGAAGCAGCAGCACUCUCUCGAUCGAUCGGAGCGAGCGCUCGCGAAAUUCCGCCAAGCUGGAGCAGCUGAAGACGAUCGGGCGGGAGCUCGCGAUGGGCUCCCAGGGCGGGUUCGGGCAGUCGAAGGAGUUCCUCGACCUCGUCAAGUCCAUCGGGGAGGCCCGAUCCAAGUCCGAGGAGGACCGCAUCAUCCUCGGCGAGAUCGAAACCCUAAAGCGCCGGAUCGUCGAGCCCGACAUCCCCAAGCGCAAGAUGAAGGAGUACAUCAUCCGCCUCGUCUACGUCGAGAUGCUCGGCCACGACGCCUCCUUCGGCUACAUCCACGCCGUCAAGAUGACCCACGACGACAGCCUGCUGCUCAAGCGCACGGGGUACCUCGCCGUCACGCUCUUCCUCAACGAGGACCACGACCUCAUCAUCCUCAUCGUCAACACCAUACAGAAGGAUCUCAGGUCGGACAACUACCUGGUGGUCUGCGCCGCGCUGAACGCCGUGUGCAGGCUGAUCAAUGAGGAGACGAUUCCGGCCGUGCUGCCCCAGGUGGUGGAGCUCCUCGGCCACGCCAAGGAGGCCGUGAGGAAGAAGGCGAUCAUGGCGCUGCACCGGUUUUAUCAGAAGUCCCCGGCUUCCGUCUUGCACCUGAUAUCGAAUUUCCGUAAGACGCUUUGUGAUAAGGAUCCUGGUGUCAUGGGUGCAACUCUAUGCCCUCUAUUUGAUCUUGUAACAGUUGAUGUUAAAUCUCAUAAAGAUUUGGUUAUCAGUUUUAUCAGCAUUCUCAAACAAGUAGCCGAGAAAAGAUUACCAAAGAGCUAUGAGUACCAUCAAAUGCCUGCCCCGUUCAUUCAGAUCAAGUUGUUAAAAAUACUGGCUUUGCUGGGAAGUGGUGACAAACAGGCCAGUGAGCAGAUGUAUACUGUUUUGGGUGACAUCUUCAAAAAAUCUGACACGUUAAUUAAUAUAGGAAAUGCUGUUUUGUAUGAAUGCAUAUGUUGUGUCUCUUGUAUAUAUCCAAAUCCAAAAUUAUUAGACACUGCUGCUGACGCAAUUUCCAAGUUCUUGAAGAGUGACCACAAUCUCAAAUAUAUGGGUAUUGAUGCCCUAGGCAGAUUAAUAAAGAUAAGUCCAGAUAUUGCUGAACAACACCAAUUGGCUGUUAUCGAUUGCUUAGAGGACCCAGAUGAUACUCUAAAGCGAAAAACCUUUGAACUGCUCUACAAAAUGACGAAGUCCUCUAAUGUUGAAGUGAUUGUUAAUCGCAUGAUUGAUUACAUGAUAAGCAUCAAUGAUAAUCACUACAAAACUGAAAUAGCAUCUCGAUGCGUGGAACUUGCAGAGCAAUUUGCACCUAGCAACCAUUGGUUUAUUCAGACCAUGAAUAAAGUCUUUGAGCAUGCUGGAGAUUUGGUGAACAUAAAAGUUGCUCAUAACUUGAUGAGGUUGAUUGCUGAGGGUUUCGGAGAGGACGAUGAUAACGCAGACAGUCAGUUAAGAUCAUCUGCUGUGGAAUCAUAUCUACGCAUUAUUGCUGAGCCGAAACUUCCAUCAGUUUUCCUGCAAGUGAUCUGCUGGGUCUUGGGGGAAUACGGCACUGCUGAUGGAAAAUAUUCUGCAUCCUACAUAACGGGAAAAUUAUGUGAUGUUGCAGAGGCAUAUUCAAAUGAUGAAACUGUUAAGGCUUACGCAAUUACAGCACUCAUGAAACUAUAUGCAUAUGAAAUUGCUGCUGGAAGAAAAGUGGAUAUCCUACCUGAGUGCCAAUCCUUAAUUGAAGAAUUAUCGGCCUCCCACUCAACAGAUUUACAGCAACGUGCAUAUGAACUUCAAGCACUCAUUGGCUUAGAUGCUCGUGCAGUUGAGACUGUCAUGCCAUCAGAUGCCAGCUGUGAAGACAUUGAGAUUGAUAAAAGUCUCUCCUUCCUCAAUCAUUAUGUCCAAGAAUCCGUGGAGAAAGGUGCUCAACCUUAUAUUCCUGAAAGCGAGCGCACAGGGAUGCUUAACACCAGCAGCUUUAGAAACGAAGACCAUCAUGAAGCGUCCAUGCAUGGUCUUAGAUUUGAAGCUUACGACCUUCCCAAGCCAGUGGUACCUUCAAAAUCUCCAGUUACUUACACACCCUCGACGGAGCUUGUUCCAGUUCCUGAGCCAUCGUAUUCCAGGGAAGUCCACACUUCCACAGCAGUACCAUCGAUAUCAAGUUCAGGAUCUACAGAACUCAAGCUACGGCUUGAUGGAGUUCAGAAAAAGUGGGGCAGGCCAAAUUAUUCCUCUGGGUCAACAUCCACCUCGGAAUCCUCAUCACAGAAAACCGUGAAUGGAGUUGCUCAGACUGAAAGUGUAAGUACGUCCACAUCAAGAGCACAGGCCACCUCUUCUUUUGACUUAAAGAAGCCUCAGGUUGAAAUUUCCCCAGAGAAACAGAGGCUCGCAGCUUCACUUUUUGGUGGUCCAUCGAAAACUGAUAAGAGACCGACUUCCAGUAGUCAUAAGGUUGUGAAAUCUAGCAGCCACACUACAGAGAGGCCCCCUGCUGCCAAGCCUGUAGAUGCAUCAGAGAAAUCAACUCCUGUCCAACCGCCUCCGGAUUUGCUUGAUUUGGGCGAACCCACUGUUACAAGUAGUGCUCCAUUGAUAGAUCCAUUUAAACAGUUGGAAGGACUUCUUGACCAAGGAGAAAAUGUUUCAGUACCAAAUCAUGGAGCAGUCAAUGCCACCAAACCGCCUGAAAUAAUGUCGCUUUAUGUGGAGAUUGCUGCAAGUGGGCAAAGUGGAGGUGUCGUUAAUCCUAUUCCAACUAAUGGAGAUGAUUUGUUGAGUGGUUUAUCAGGCGGGAGCAUCAAAACUGCUGCUCCAGGAGGAGCUGCUGGGUCUCCAUCAUUGAGCAAGGGCCCUAGCCUUAAGGAUUCCUUGGAAAAGGAUGCUCUUGUGAGGCAGAUGGGUGUGACACCUACUAGUCAAAACCCCAACUUGUUCAAGGAUUUGCUCGGCUGAAAUGAGUCAUGCGAAAAAGAUUCUCUGCUCAGCUUUUUCUGGUGAUAAUUGCAUCUUGUUGUGCGAUGCACAUGAUAAUGAAAUUUUAGCAGCCAGCAGAGGUACAUCAGCAUAUGCACAUUGAUAUUCCGAGCCAUUUUUCGGAAGCAAAACUGAGGACAUUGUAGAAUUUUGUAGGAUAAGUUGGAUUUGGUCAUGUACAUUGGAGUGUUACCUCUGGCAGAUUGGUUGGAGAAUUUCUCUUUGAAUGCUUACGUUCGGAGACAUCAAGAGUUAGCUCUGCGCAUUGUCUUGUUGUUCCUCCCUUGAGUUCAUGUGGCUGUUGAAAUAAUUACGUGGGGCAACAUCUUGUAUUCUACAUUACAGAUACAACUUUCCUUCCCUUGUAUAUGAGGACAUGUACACAUUCGCAGAACGAGUUGCGGUUUGUGGUUCUUUCAAGUGCAAGAAGGGAUUCGCUUGCCCGAGUUUGAGGUUGUUUGACCUAUUUUCUCCCUUAUAAGAAAAUAUUCCGCGGUGAUUGUUGUUGUUUUC